CGUACCAAGGAGGAGAUGUCCAAAGAGCAGCUGGAAGAACACAUUGUGCGUCUCAGAGAGGAGCUGGAUAGAGAGAGGGAGGAGAGAAACUACUUUCAGCUGGAGAGGGACAAGAUUCACACCUUUUGGGAGAUCACAGACAGACAGCUACAGGAGGUGAAGGCUCAACAGAAAAACAUAGAUAAGGACAUAGAAGAGGAUGAGCAGCGCCAUCAAGUAGAGAUCAAGGUGUAUAAGCAGAAGAUGAAGCACCUCCUGUGUGAACACCAGAACACAAUCUCUGAGUUAAAAGCAGGUGGUUUAGUCUCCACUGAGGUCGUGCAGAAAGAGCAAGAACAAUUAGAGACUGAGCUUCAUAAGGAAAUGAGGGCCAUCAUGGUAGACAUGCAGGAACUUGACAAUGAAAACCUUGUCAAGGAGCUUGAACUGAAACAUGAUGAAGAAAUGACUAAAACAAGGAACAGCUUUGAGAAGCAGCUCGUGGAAAUUAAAGCCAAGUAUGAGAAAAAAGUGGAGUUGCUGCCACAAGAGCUGGACAACAUGAGGAAAAUUAAGAUGAGAGAGACAGAGGAUCAAUGGAACAGGCACAUCGCCACUCUUAUAGAAGACCACAACAAAGCUUUGAGUGAAGCUAACGCACUCCAUAAUUGCAUACAGCAGGAUGUGAAUGAGAUUGAAUCAUCAAAGACAGAAAUAACAGACAGGAAGAUGAAACAGGAGGAGAGUGAAAAAGACCUGGUCCAUGUUUUGAAGGAAAAGAAACGUCUUGUUGAGCUUCUCUCAAAAGCCGAGGAGGAAAACGCUGAACUUGUGAUGAAAAUGAAGUACCAAAUUAAAAAGGAUGUGAGUGAAAAGGUCAAGUUAAAGGAGCUAAGUGAUCUGAAAUGGGAUUAUGAGGCACUGGAACAGAAAUUAAGCAAGCUUCAGCUGGAAAGGGAUGAGCUGUAUAAGACAUUCACUCAGAAUAUUCAGAAUGUGCAACAUAAAGCAGGCAUGAGGAGCGUACUGCUGGAAAGGAAGCUGAAAACUCUGACAGACAGUCUGGAGAAGACACAGGCUCAGCUCUGCUCUGUGCUUUCUGCCUCAAACAUGGACCAAACUGCUCUUGGUGGGGUCACAAACAAAAUUGAGGAAGAUAUCGACUCCUUUAAUAGUUCCAUCAAGAACUUGAAGAUAAAAAAAGCGCAGAUUUCCAAGGCCUGCAAGGAUUUGCUGCUGGCCUAUGAAGCAAAGCAAAGGGCUCUUGGUGUCCCUGUGGAGGAGCUUUGUGUAAAGCCCUUUAAGAGCAAUCUUGCUCGGAAAAGUCUGGAAAAGCACUUGGAUCUUGGGUUUACUCCAGAAUGA